UUACUCACUACUGUUCUAGUCGAGCUCCUUCGGAAGGAGAAAUGUGCCUGCCUCAGGGCAGAGGUAUCGGCUGCCUUGAUUGGCAUCAUGUCUGUUGAUGAUUCGAUGGGGGAGGCUCUGGCGGAUGCUGGAGUGGUGAAGCUAGCGGCAAGUCUUCUCGUAGUCAAG